AUGGGUUGUUGUCUAGUCUUCGAGUCAGUCAUUCUCAGUUUCAAUAACUUGCAAGGAGUAAUCUCAGGAGCCAUAGGAAACUUAACUUCCCUCAUUCGCCUUGACAUGUCACACAAUCAACUUGAGGGGAAAAUAGCAACAUCAUUGGGAAAACUAUGCAAGUUGAAGAGAAUUGAUUUAUCAUAUAACAAAUUUGGUGGAGAGGUAGCUGAAGAUUUCAAAAUUUUCUCCCAAUGCAUGUUAGAUGGAUUGGAAUCAAUGUCAUUAGAGAACAAUUAUCAUGGUGGUCAAUUUCCAAAUGAGCUUGACCAGUUCAAAAAUCUAUCCUUCCUUUCUCUUCAAAACAACUUCAUUUUUGGUCCCAUUCCGAAGUCGAUGAAGAGAUUAUCAUCCUUGACAUGGUUAGAUGUUUCCUAUAAUCAUUUGAAUGGACUUCUUCCUGAAAGUCUUGGGCAACUUGCAAAGUUAGAAACUUUAGAUCUUUCAUAUAAUCAUUUGAAUGGAACUCUUCCUGAAAGUCUUGGGCAACUUGCAAAGUUAGGAACUUUAGAUCUUUCAUAUAAUCAUUUGAAUGGAACUCUUCCUGAAAGUCUUGGGAAACUUGUGAGGUUAAACUAUUUAGAUGUAUCUCAUAAUUUGAUGAAGGGUGUUGUCUCUGAGAUUCACUUUGCCAAUCUCACAAGAUUAAGUUACUUAGAUGGAAGUGGGAACAAUUUAACUUUGAAAGUGCGUGAUGCUUGGAUCCCCACUUUUCAAGUUAGAGCUUUGACGUUGGCCUCUUGGCAAUUAGGGCCGCAAUUUCCAUCUUGGCUUCAAUACCAAGGACAAUUAGAAACAUUGGACAUAGCCAACACAGGAAUUUCUGAUUCUAUUCCACAAUGGUUUUGGCCUAAAAUUUCCAACCUUGGGAGAUUAAAUCUCUCACAUAACCAAAUUUGUGGAGAGAUUCCAAGAAAAUUUGAUGUUGUUCAAGAGGUUGACCUGAGUUUCAACAACUUCAAGGGUUUGUUACCAUUCUUCUCCUUUACUUUGAAAUUUUUAGAUCUUUCAAAUAAUUCUUUUGUAGGAUCUAUCUACCACACCUUAUGUGGUCGGAUAAGGGAACCAAAUAGCCUAUAUAUUCUUAAUCUUGGAAACAAUAAUUUGUCGGGAUGGAUUCCUAAUUGUUGGAUGAAUUGGCCAUAUCUGCAAGUCUUAAACUUGGAAAACAACAAUUUGAUGGGUACUAUUCCGCACUCUAUUGGACAUUUAGCUUCCCUCAAAUCAUUGCACUUGCGACAUAACAGUCUCUCAGGAAAACUACCACAAUCUCUUCAAAAUUGUACAGAAUUGGUACUCAUUGAUCUUAGUGGAAAUGCAUUUAUUGGAGGCAUACCAACUUGGAUGGGGAAUUCAUUUUGGCAAUUGAUGGUUCUUAACCUUCGCUCAAAUAAGUUUCAAGGUGGCAUUCCAUAUGAACUAUGUGGUCUAAGUUCUCUUCAAAUCUUGGAUCUUGCACAUACUAAUCUAUCAAAACUUGUGCCAAAAUGUUUCAACAACUUUAUGGCCAUGGCAAAAAGACAAAAUUCAAGCGGUCUCAUUUCUUACGCACCGAGUCCCACAGCAGGAGUUCCAGAAAAGGCAUUUCUGGUGACCAAAGGAAGAGAGGUCGAAUAUAGCACCACCCUUAAAUUGGUUGUAAGCAUGGACCUUUCAGAAAAUAAUUUAUCUGGAGAGAUCCCCAAGGGACUAACUAGACUAGUAGGGUUGCAUUCAGUGAAUCUAUCUAGAAAUCAUUUUACAGGAAAGAUCCCAGAGAAUAUUGGUGAUAUGGAGCAACUUGAAUCCCUGGAUUUGUCUCUAAACAAACUUUGUGGUGAAAUUCCAUUGAGCAUGUCGAGUUUGACAUUCUUGAGUCACUUGAAUUUGUCUUAUAACAAUUUGACAGGACGAGUUCCAUUAAGUACUCAACUUCAAAGCUUAGAGAUUUCCAGCUUUGUUGGCAACAAACUAUGUUGA